CUCAAGGGUCAUAGUCCAAACUUUCUUAUUUUAUUUUAUUUUUUUUUUCAUUUUUGUUUUUGUGGAAAUUUGAUGUUGUAGCACCAAAACAGCAAGGAGAAGGCUAAUUCAGUUUCUGCGGUAAGCAGCAAUGAAGGAGCUUUUAUGGAGCAAAUUAACAAAGAUUCUGCCACAGAAAACCAAAAGCUUUUAAUGGAAAUAUUAGAAUUACAACAUAAUGGAAAAACAAAUCUGAUAGAAAAUUCAGCAUAUAUUUACUGCAAAAAUCUAACUAAUGUCCAAGAAGAAGAAGAGGAAGAAGAAGAAGUUAAAUUUAGUGAGAAAAAUGAGAUAGACGAAGUGUACUCCAGCAGUGAAAAUGACAGAGAAAUAUUUGUAGCAAAGAAAAAGAGUCUUCUGAAAGACCUACUCCUUUUGCCUUUAGGUGGAGAAUUUUCUGCUCAAAGUUCUUCCUCACCCACUUCUGAUGCUGGUUUUGAGUUUUCAGAGACUAAAGGUAUUGCAGGGACUGAACACUUAGAGAAUGAAAAAGCUCUACCUCAGCAAUAUAAAUGGUGGGAAGAUUUUGAAAGUAAAGAGAAGGCAUUGGCUUUAAAUUCAUUAGUAGAAUCAAAAGGUGGAGAAAAUAUUAGAGUGGACAAAUCACAGUGGAGGGAAAAGAUUUUUAGCAAGGUAACAAAUGUGAUGAGAAAGCAACCAACCCCUUUGGAAGUCCGCAUGGAAGAGGUGGAAAACAAUAUAGCUGAAAGCUAUAAAAAAAGCAUUCUGAAAACGAGGUUAGAAAGUGAGAGGAAAAAAACCAAAGCUUGUUGGGAUAAAUUGAAAUGCUGCUCAAAUGUGGAAGUGAUUAAUGGCAGCAAAAGAAAGCAGCAAGAAAAUUGGAUAGCACUGCUAGAGAAAUAUAUCCCAGAUUAAUAGUAAAAGAUAUAUAGGCAUUUUUCAGUUUAAUUUGCUAAUUGACUAUUGUUUUCCUUUUGGUCAAUUAUUCAUAUUGUUAUUUACUCCUGACCCACUAUAUAACUUAGAAUUAUGCUAUUUUGGAUA